AGUCGUCGUGAAAAAUAGUAUACGAGUACGAUUCGUAGCUUGCUGCAGUUUCUGCUACAAAUAGUGUAGCGUAGACAUCUCCUCGUAACGUCGUUGUUUCCGGCCCCCAGUCCAGUGCAGGUAGACGAUAGAUAGACAUAGUACUAGUAGAGCGUGCAAGGGGAUUUCGACUCAUUGACAUGAUGGGCCAGAGGCCACUUUCUUUUGUUUGCUGAAACAGUGAAAGGAACGGACGGUAUCGUAAUAAUUUCGGUGGCUUUCUUCAUGACAUGUGCAUUGAGUCUCUGCUUACUUUUUCAAAGUUGCUUCAGCACUGAGAACAGAUUCAGUGCAAGUAGUGACUAAGUCUAAGUCCAUUGGGCUAUGCACCCUUGACUCUUGCCUUGAUAACAGUCCGACUCAUACUUAUACUGAGACCAUUGUGAAACAUUAUUCAUUGUGAACAAACUGACAGCGACCAACGACCUCACUUUUGAAGGAUUCUGUAGCUGUGCCACCUCGACCUGAGCCAGGAUUGCGACUGCCAAGUUUGGAUAUCAUCCAUCGUUUGCGUCGGUGCAUCCCGUACGACUUUGCGCGUCUUCCUGUGUCCAUAUCAGGCAUUUGUGUGGAUUUCAAGUGGAAUAACUGGCAAGGCUGCAAAGUGUAUUCUGUGCAGAGCUGGAGGUCGAGUACGAUUAUAUCCCCGGCCAAACUGGAUCCACGUGGAGCUGCUAUUCUGGUUGCCAGGAAUAGAGAUCCUCUCCGUCUUGUGCUGUGGUCGAUGCAGGACCUCCUUCAACUCGAGACCCCUUAGGGCCAGUCACAUUGUCUGGUCAGUCAUCAAGGAAUUCGUAGCUAUAAUCCUCAAUCUGGGCAGCAUCCUGGUGGGAAUCCGAUCCGAUGGGGCGACAGAAUGAAUAUAACAGGGUGUCAAACGAAGAUGACGAUGAUAUGGAGGUUGUGUCUGUGGACAGUCUUCCCAGUCCUAUUUUACGACCUGAUAACCAGGAAAACAGUAGUGUUACUGCUGUGACAGGGCUCGUUAUGGAGCAGGAAGAUUCAAGCAGCGUGGACACGAGCUGUGGAGACACGGUAGACCAGUACUGGUCGGAGCAGAAGGGCCUCUCCUGGCUGAUGGCGCUGUGUGUGCGCAGGUUGUGCUCCGGCUCUGGCCUCGGUGCUCUCGCCGUGCUGAUUCUGUUCUGCGUGCUGGGAUUGUCAUUAUUUCUCGCCGCUCUGUUGGCGUACCCGAUAAAGCUGGAGAUGUCGUUGUCGUCAUUUCAGAUACCGGAUCACGAGGUGUACACGAGAGAGGAUGCGUUCGAGACAGCUCUUGGCUCGACGCCGUCCACACAGAACACCAACUUUGGCAGUAACUCUCGGCGACGCCGCAGUGCACCCUCCUCGUACAUCUACAAUGGAUACAACAGCCUGCCGAAUGCGGUAGAUUUCCACGAGCGGGUGCAUAAUCGUUGGAAGAUCAACCUGGUGUACCGGACUCGCGAUGGCAGCAACAUCCUGCAGCGUGAUCACAUUGAGCGUAUUCACAACAUCGAGAAGCAAAUUGAGGCACACCCACGCUACACCGAGUUCUGCUGGCUGGAUUGGGAAAACAGCGGCAAUCAGUUGUACUUGUCGCAGUAUCCGCCCGACAAGAGCUACUGCUACCCGCUCAAUUCUCUCCUGACGUACUUUUACUGGCCGGACGGCCGCACGGAUGUGCUGCGUUACAACGGUUCAGUGGAGUCUAUCAUCCGCCGUUCGUACUCGUACUCGGGCUUCUUCUGGUAUCUGGAUACGACUUUCUCGGCCCAGAACCUGGAGAGCAAGCUGAUGCGUUCUCAGAUCAUCAUCGGCUCGCCGCUUCACCAGCACCAGAGCAACGAGGACGAUCACCAGCGCGCUAAGGCGUACAUCGUCAGCUUGAUUCCUUUCCUGGCUAGUCUCUCUGACAGUAAAAUCCAAGUGCUGUACGGAUCACCGGAUAUCUACGACUAUCAAGUCAUCACCGCGGUGUACCACGACAUCCGCCUGUCCAUCAUCUCCAUCGUUCUCAUCACACUGUUUGUCUUCAUUCUGACGUCCUUCUCGCCGUUCCUGACGUUCAUCUGUAUCGAGGCCGUGGCCAUGAGCCUGCCGCUGGCGUAUUUCGUAUACAGAGUGUUGGCCGGUGUCAGCUCAUUUGGCCUGCUCAACAUCCUGUCGUUGUUUGUCAUUACCGGCAUUGGCGUCGACGACGGCUUCAUGUUCAUCAACACUUUCCGGCAGGCACCGCACCGGACUCAUGGCGAUCUCUCCGUGCGAGUUCACUACACGCUGCACACCGCCGGAAAGGCGACUCUCUUCACGUCAGCCACCACCGCUGCUGCAUUCUUUGGCAACAUGGCGUCAGGGAUACCAGCCGUGCACAACUUUGGCCUGUUCAUGGGUCUAGUGGUGGUGAUGUGUUACCUCACCGUUCUAGUUCAGAUGCCCAUUGCUCUCUUCCUGUGGCAAAAAUACUCGGCGUGUCGCAAAUCCUGCGUUCCCGACUGUGGCAAGUGCAUGGGCAAGCAGACGAGACGUAUCGGGAACUCGCGAGGCAACGAUGACGUCCAACUCAUGUCGGUGGCGUUUGUCAACGAACGCAGCGGUAAUAGUACGGUGCAUAUGGGUAGUGGGCAUUCAUCUACUGAUUCGUCUCUACUGACCGUGUCACAGGCAACCUCCCAGCAGUCCAUAUCUUCGGAGGGUGUGGCUCCAGAGGACACCGCUAGCGGAUGGCUGACCACUAAAAUGUCAGCUGGCAUCAAGCGCUUCAUUGCCAAGCCCGUCAUUCGAUUCCGUGGUGUCGUUGUUAUCCUGUUCGUUAUUGUCUUUGCCGUCUCUGUCGGUCUUGUGACGCGUCUGAGAACAGCAGAGAAGCCACCGCAGUUUUUCCCAUCCGACAGCAACCUACAGCAGUUUAUUGAUCUUAGUUACAACACUUCGGAGAUGAAUGUAGACUGCAAUACAUGCUCAGCUAGUUUUCAUCAUGUUAUUGAGCCACCGCCAGCUCCCCCGACAACGCAGCCCGCACCCACCACUGAGGGGCAGCCACCGACGCAGCCUACCAGGUCCACGGCGCAACCCCCGCCAGUUGUGACCACCGCUCCUGUCGUCCCAGGAGAGACUACGCAUUCGCUGCCCGAGACCACCGCACCUCCGGUUGCAGUUGUGACUCAGCAACCUACCUUUCCCACUGAUGCACCACCGCCUCCCCAACCGCCGACCACCCAACGGCCAUUUGUACCGCACACUGCACCGCCAGUUAUUAAAACCCUCCCGCCGAAGGAAGUCCCAACGGAUCCGCCAUCCAACGAUCCAUGCAAGAAUGGCGAUGAAACAGCAUGUCCAACUCAUGUCAAGCCAGUGGCACUCGGCAGCUCUGCCAAUGUUUACAUUGUAUUUGGCAUCAAGUCACUGAUUCGCAACAGUGAUGCAGCCAAGCAUGUGAUUCGCUCCAGCAACGAUGCAAAGGACACCGUGGUGUACGAUCCGAGCUUUGCGCACGCGCUGUCCAACGUCAUAACGGCAACACCGCUGGUAUCGGACCUGUGCCGCAUCUGCCUGGCCGCCAUUGAGCCUCACCGGGGCCUGGUGAAGCAGACAUCAGAUGCUUACGAGUGCAUACCCAAGAGAGGCUUGCCGCAGUCGAUUGCUUUAGUUGUGAAGGGUUUGCCGUACUGUAAUGACCCCAGGAUUGCGAACCAGCAAACGUCCACCGUGCGCGCAGUGGCUAGUCAGAAUCUGUCCUCCCUCAACUGGUUUGCCAUGGCAUUCAAAUCGAAUGUCUUCGAAGGCGGUAGUAGCUUUGGUGCGCGUGCAGAUUAUGAAAAGUGGGAUGCUUUCAUGGCGGAGGUUCACCGAAACUACUCGUCGCCUGCAAUACAGUCAUCGUACCAGACAAGUGAAUACUGGAAACAGGUGUUCCUGGAGGUGGUAGCUGUUACCAGUGCUCUGUACAGCAUUGGCCUGUCAGCGCUGAGCUGUUUGGUGUUCGUAGCAAUAUUCACCGGCUGCCCUCUUCUGACAAUGGUGACGCUUAGUACGGUGGCCGGCAUUGCUUCCUUCGUUCUCGCCUUCUUCUACAUGCUCGGAUGGAAACUUGGUGCUGUGGAGGCCAUCUCCAUGUCCAUCCUCAUUGGCACAGCCGUAGAUUACUGUGUGCACCUGGUGGAGGGAUACUUGAUUGCACGCCACCGUUUGAAGGGCCUGGACCGCAUCUCCAAGUCGUUGCCGUGGAUGAGCAGAGUGCGCGCACACAUUGCACAGGCAUGCCAGCGAGUACAAUGGUCGCUGUCUCACGUCGGUAUCUCCAUCGUCAGUUCGGCGCUGACAACGCUGUUUGCCUCGCUGCCACUGUGCUUUGCGCAGAUCCAGCUGCUAGCCCGCUUUGGUCAGAUCAUGUUCAUCAACACGUUUGCGUCGAUCGUGCUGACGUCGACGGCGUGCUGCGCGCUGCUCUGCUUCCAGCCGCAGUGGCGCUUCCCGGGCACUUGGCUGGGCUCUGCCGGUGGCGCCAUCGCCAGCGCGCUCUUCUGCGGCGCUCUCAUGCUGCUGCUCUACAUCGUGCACGCCGCGGGCCACGUAGACAUUCCCGCGCCGGACGGUUCGAGCCUCUUCUGAGCGCCAUGCCAGCCAGCACUCUUGAUUGAUUCUCCAAUUUGUACAUAGAAUCUGAUGUGAUUUCAGUCCCGGUAAGACAUACCUAGCAAGUUCUAGUUAUCUACAUAGCCUUCUUUUUUAGAGUUUUUUUUCUCACUAUAACAGCAACGCAGUAUUUAAGUUCAGAACUGGUCUAAGUGGAUACACUCUGUGAUUACAUAUUUAAAGCAAAGACUUACGCAGGCGUAUGCUUUUAACAUCUGGUUUUCUUGUGUUUGUUAUUUUCUCAAUCGAGUUUUGUUAACUGCUUUUCGUCCCCCCCCCCUUUUUUUUUUUAAUGAAAUCGUUCUGCGUUGCCUUGCUGCUUCUGAAGCAGGCUCAAUUUUUCGUUGACUGCCACCAAUAAGCUAACAAUGUACACCAGCGUGUGUCAUGGUUGGCACUUCGUUUUCUGCCGGUGCUUUCCGUUUUUAGUUUUCUUGACCGUUCUGAUCACCGCCUCCUAACCUAUACACCCGUGCACUCACCCAUCAGUUUUGAUCUUCAUCUAACUUAUCUAUGUCCUCACCAGCCAAUGUCUGUGUACUUGCGUAUCUGGAGGUCAACUCAUUCGGUUUUUUUCUGCUUUUCUUUCUUUUUCCUUUUUAACCAUAGCUUCUGCCUGUAAGAGCGCACUUCUGCCACCGGCACUGCCAUUGAUGGCAAGUACUGGAAUUCAGUACAUGAUAAUUAUGCUGCCCCUAUUAGUUUUUUAGUUUUUCUUUUAGCAUCUUGCCGCCUAGUAACCUAGUACUACCUGUAAAGUGUGUGAGCGUUGUCGCCCAUGAUGUUGAGUGUAAUGGAGUAGUGAAUAGUUACUUUUACCUGCCAAUUACGGGCCCUUCACAACACACUUGCCCUUGCGGCCCGAACGGAUCAUUCUUUGUUGAUCACCGGCUCGGUAGAUUUUCAUGGAAAAUUUUCUUUCUGACGCCAGUGUCGAUCUAUUCUCGUAUUUUCGAGUUAGUUUUGCAUUCCCGGUGUUGUAAUUCUUUCUACAUUUA